CUCGUUUUCUUUAAUUUGUUUGUAAAAAAGUUUGUUGUAUUUUUUUGUCUUGCGCUUACAACUUUUCGAAAAAGCCCAAUAAAACGCCUUAAUGCUUGAAGCAAUUGGAUAUCGUUAAAUAUGACUUGCACCAAAGAAGAAAUUGAGAGAAAACGACUUGCUGCACUACAGAAACGGCAAAACAAAUUAAUGAAUGUUACCCCCAACAAGUCGGCUGCUCUGCUCGCUUCAAAUUCAUUUGGAACUCCAAAAUCUUCCGGAUCCCCCAGGAACAAUGCAUACAAUUCAAAUGCAAGUUUUCACCCUUACGCCAGAGUUUCAAAUAGUUCAAACUCGCAAGCUGAAAACAGUGUUCCAGUGGGAAAGAUAGUCAACGGUACAAUAUACCUGAUAUCUGAGACAAGGUUUGAAGUGAAUCCCUCCGAAUUUUGUGUGCCUCUCAUAAAUAUCUUCAAGACUAUACCAUCAAGAAGCUACGAUCCAGGCUCCAAGUUGUGGAAUUUCUCUGUGGAUGAUUAUCAUGAGCUGAUAAAGAAAGUGGCUCCCUUAGCACCGCAUGUAGUGUUAGGAUCCCUGCCACCUUAUGUGUUGAAGGUACUACAAGGACAAACAAUGGACCCUAACAACAUUGACCUAACUCCUGUAGAAGCAACACUGAGGCAUAAACUAAUGCCUUUUCAAGAACAAGGUGUUAGGUUUGGAAUAGCUCGGCGAGGCCGCUGCAUGAUAGCUGACGACAUGGGCCUGGGCAAGACAUUCCAGGCGCUGGGCAUAGCCAGCUACUACCGACACAACUGGCCACUCCUUAUUGUUACUACUUCAUCAAUGAGAGAAACCUGGCAAAGUAAAAUCCACGAGCUUCUGCCAUCAGUCCCAUUAAUGAACAUAGCCACCCUCACAACUGGAAAAGAUGCUCAACUAGUGGCUGACAGACAAACAGAAAUAGUAAUAGUCAGUUACAAGAUCACAACAAUGCACACAGAUUUGCUGAAGAGCAAAAAGUUUGGAGUGGUUAUUAUUGACGAAUCUCACUACCUGAAAUCACACAAAGCGCAAUGUACGGUGGCACUUAAUAGUAUCACGCGGCAGUGCCAACGACUAGUCCUGCUGAGCGGGACGCCGGCUCUGAGCAGGCCCGCUGAGCUGUUCACUCAGCUGUCGCUCAUCGAGCCCAAGCUCUUCGGCUCCUACACUGAGUACGGCAAAAGAUAUUGCGCCGGCAAGCAGACCAAUUUCGGCUGGGACAUGAGUGGGCAGUCCAACCUGACAGAACUCCAGAUUCUGCUGCAGAAGCGGUUCCUCAUCCGCCGGACUAAGGAGCAGGUGCUUACUACUUUGGAGGGGAAGACCAGAGAAACAGUAUUACUAGACUGCACAUUGCUGCAGUUCUCCAAGGAGGAACAGCAAGGGCUGUCGCAAAUGGCCGAGGCCUACAACACAAAGAAAUCCACCGAGAAACACGCGGCCCUGGUCACUUACUUCAGUGAGUCGGCGCGAGUUAAAAUACCGGCUAUAUGUAAAUACAUCCGUCAAGUAACAAAGGAGACGGAAGGCAAGUUCCUUGUGUUCGCACACCACCGGAACAUGAUCGACGCGAUCUGUUCCACGCUGGACGAGGAGCGGGUCCCGUACAUCAGCAUCGUCGGCUCCACGCCUCCCGCCAGCCGAGCGGAGCUGGUAGACCGCUUCCAGCACAGUGCGUCGUGCCGCUGCGCCGUGCUGUCCGUCACGGCCGCCAACUCCGGCCUCACGCUCACCGCUGCCAACCUGGUUCUAUUCGCGGAGCUUCAUUGGAACCCGGGGAUCCUGACGCAAGCGGAGGCGCGUGCGCACCGUAUCGGCCAAGUUGGCGGCGUGUGCGUGCGCUACCUGAUCGCGCCCGCCACCGCCGACGACGCCAUCUGGCCCAUGCUGCAGAACAAACUCAACGUACUAAACGACGUAGGACUGAGUCGAGAUACAUUCGAGGAUAGCACUUUGAAACACCAGGAAAGUAAAAACAACAUGACUCAGUACCUAAGCCCGAUCAGCAAAAACAAGAAUGACUACAUACCUGGCACCAACAUAAGAAAAGGCACUCUUAAAUCGGAUACAUCAAAAAAUCAAAUGAAUGGACAAACAUCCAGUUUAAAUAGUCAAUUGAAUUGUCAAACGUCAAACGGCGAGAACACAGAUGACGUCAUUACGCAAUUUCACAUGGAAAAUGACAUCACAAUGCAUGAAAUCAGCGCCAUCGAAGAGUGUUUCUUGGGCGACGACGAAGACGAUGCUCUAUUAGCCAACUUAGAUUUAUGAUAUCAAGGAGUCUGUGAUUAGUUAUUUAAUAAAUUAUUUUUAGUA